UGAAGAUGAGAGGAUCUUGAAUGAAGAUGAGAGGAUCUUGAGCUCAUUGAAAGAAAUGUUGACUAUAGCAAAAGAGGUCUACAAGGCCGAAGAAGAAAAAGAAGUUGCCUCCAAAAGAGGCAGGCUGUGGAAUGCUGGGAAUAUGGCUGCCCCACCUGAUAACUUUAUGGACUUGCCAGUUGUACCAACGGUUUAUGACUUAAGAGAGGAUGCUCGGCCGUUUGUUCGCCGUGCUGUGACGGAGGGUGUGUAUGAAGACAUCAACCAAUAUUUGGACAUAGAGUUUCGUCUCAUGAGGCAGGAUUUUAUUCUCCCUCUCAAGAAAGGGAUUAAUGAAUUCAUAAAAAGUGGAUUGAAAAAAAACUUCAACUGCCAAGACCUGAGGGUCUACUUUAAUGUUCACAUUGUUGGAACUAUUUUUGACGAAGGACUUGAUCAUCUACUUCAGUUUGAAGUCUUGAAAGGCAUAAAAUGGGACUCUUCGAAGCGCUUGAUGUUUGGUUCACUCUUGUGCCUAUCCAAAGAUAACUUUGAAACAGUUGUGUUCGCCACUGUUGCUCGCAGAGAAGCUAGCAGUUUGGAAAAUGGUUCGAUCACGGUCAAAUUUAAAAGUGGACUUGACAUUGUGUUCAACUCAACGUCAAGAGAUACAUACAUCAUGGCAGAAACAACAGCUUUUUUCGAGAUGUAUAAACCUGUGUUAGAGGGUUUGAAAGAAAUGGCAGACAAUCUUCCAUUACAGGAUUACAUCAUCAAGUGUAAGAAAGAACUGAAGCCGCCAAAGUAUUUGCUUCAUGGAGGAGUAACUCUGCCCCUGCCAGUUUAUGACAUUUCUUGUUUGAUGAAAGGAACUAGAGGGGUUAGUGUUCCUGUUCUGACAACAACCAAGUGGCCGCCAGCGGAAAUGAUGUGCCUCAAUGAGUCACAAAGAGACGCAGCCAUACUGGCACUAACUAAAGAGUUAGCUCUAAUUCAAGGACCGCCAGGUACCGGGAAAACAUACGUUGGCCUGAAGGUAAUGCAGAUUUUGCUGACAAACCAACAUGUGUUGGGGGGAAAUGCUGAAAAAAACUCUGACCCCAUUCUCAUUGUCUGCUACACAAACCAUGCCUUGGAUCAGUUCCUGGAGGGAAUUUUAGCAUUCUGCCAGAAUGGAAUAGUUCGUGUGGGUGGGAAAAGCAAAUCUGAGAAGUUGGCUGCCUUUCAUAUCAACAAGCUGAAACAAAGUAUGAGGGAGUGUAUACCCAAGAUGAACAGGUCAAGGCAAAAUUGUCUGAAAGAACUUGAGUUGGUGUCUAAGGGUAUCGAAGGAUUGAAUACAGAAAUGAAUUUGUUAGAGGUAGAGAUUACCUCAGAGAAUUAUUUGCAAAACGUUAUGAGAAGUGGCCAUUAUGAAUCGUUGAAAAGAAUUGACAAGUCAGCUGAUGACAAGAUUCCAGUGAUAAAGCAAUGGCUGAACUCUUCAAAUAUUUCAGUGGUGACCACCUUAAAUCAAAUGAUCAGUGACCACUUAUCUAAGCUCAUCUUUGAUUUGACUUGGGUACCAGGACAACUGAAGGUGAAAAAGAGCAUGAAUAUUGUUGAAAGAGCAAGCUUGUACCAAUACUGGUUGUUGCGGUAUAGGAAAUCUGUGCAGAGACACAUUCAGUCUCGUCCUAGGUCAGCAAAUCUUGACCAGGCCAGUUUGGAAAACAACUUGAAGAUUACACAAACGGAAAUCGUGAGUGACAAAAGAUUAGUUCAAAACAUUUUCCCACAUUCAUUUCUCAGACAUAUGGACGAGUUAGCGGACAGUCUUGACUGUAAGGAAAUGGUUUCUUAUGGUGGGCCGGUGAGGUACUGGCUUUUAGGACUGAAUAACAAACUUCACGAGCGACUCAAUGAGAUACAACUUUUGAGGAGAUACCUUGCAGGGGAAAACAUCACCGAUACAUUUGACGAUGCAGGGUCAUUAAAGAAAGAAGAAGAACAUCGCAUGAUAGGACGAGACGCUUUCUCAAAAAAACAAUAUGAGUUGCAAAUGAAUCAAGCAAGAAGUAACAUCAUCUCCAUCAUUGACAGAGCAGAAAGUCUAGGGAUUACGAUUGAGAGUGGGAGCGCAGAUUCAGGGGAGUGGAAAUCUUCAGAGAAACCACUAUCUUUUAAAGAUAUCCAAAUGAGACUGAGAUCCAUCGAUGCAAUGACAGCCGAAGAAGAAGAAAAUAUUGACGAUGUCUGGGAAAUAGAUUUAACUAAAAGAUUUGCUCUGUACAAAAGAUGGAUUACAAAGUACAAGGAGAUUCUGACCAAAAAAUUAGGAGUGUUAGUAAAGAAGUACACAGCAGCUGAGAAUAAAAAAAACGAAAUUGCCCGAGAAGAAGAUCUGGCGCUAUUGAAGAGGGCUAAAGUCAUAGGUAUGACAACAACGGGUGCGGCCAAUCACCGAGGUGUUCUUCAGACCCUAGGGUGCAGGAUCAUUGUGGUGGAAGAGGCGGCGGAGGUUUUGGAAUCUCACAUCAUCACGGCUUUAAACAAGAACUGCCAGCACCUGAUCCUCAUCGGAGAUCACCAACAGCUGAGACCCAACCCUGCAGUUUAUCAGCUGGCCAAAGAUUUCGGGCUGGAAAUAUCGUUGUUUGAAAGACUGGUCAAGAACAAAGUCCCACACGUGGCUCUUAAAGAGCAGCACCGAAUGCGACCAGAAAUUUCCAAGCUACUGAGACAUAUCUAUCCAGACUUAAAGGACCAUUCAUCAGUGUUUGAAUAUAAUCAUGUGCGUGGUAUAGCCAAGGAUAUUUUCUUCAUCGACCACAGGAGCACAGAGUCAAAACUGGAUGAUAACAGCAGCAAAUCAAAUGACUUUGAAGCAGAAUAUGUCGUCGCUCUCUGCAAAUAUUUGUUAUUGCAAGGAUACGACCAGUCACAAAUAACUAUUUUAACCACGUACACUGGCCAGGUGUUUGCAAUAAAAAAAAUGAUGCACAAUGCCAGAAUGGGCAUGUGUGUAACUGUAACAUCGGUGGACCAUUUUCAAGGAGAAGAGAACGACAUCAUUCUUUUGUCUCUUGUCAGAAGCAAUGAAGAAAAUAAUGUGGGCUUUAUUAAAGUUGACAACAGAGUUUGUGUGGCUCUGUCUAGAGCCAAGUUGGGCUUGUACGUCAUAGGCAACUUUGAGCUGAUUGCAACACAGAGCAAACUGUGGACUGCAAUCGUCAAAACCUGCCAAGACGAGGAGAUCAUUGGUGAAUCUCUAACAGUCGCUUGUCCUAAUCACCCAGACACCAAACAGGUCAUUUCAUCCAUUAGCGAUUUCAAAAAAUGCCCCGAGGGAGGAUGUGGACUACCUUGUCGAUUUAAAUUGAAUUGUGGCCAUGUCUGUACACUGCAAUGCCAUGGGUAUGACCAGACCCAUGAGAAGUUUAUUUGCAAGAAAAGCUGUACUAAGACUUGUCCUGAAAAGCAUCCAUGCAAGAAAAAAUGUUCUGAACCAUGUGGAGCUUGCCCUGUGCUUGUCCAGAAAGAAAUUCCUUACUGUGGUCAUCUAGAUUCAGUUCCUUGCCACCUUCCACCAAGUGAUGCCAAGUGUUCAAAGACUUGUCUUGUUGAACUGAAAUGUGGGCAUCGGUGCUCCGGUAGAUGUGGCCUAUGCAAAGAGACUGGGAAACACAAAAUCUGUUCCGAAAAGAUUGAAAAAGCCUUGCCAUGUGGACACAAUUCUACUGUAGAAUGUUCUAAAGAUCCAUCCCAGAUUUCCUGUAAAGUUAACUGUGGCUCUGUUCUAAUCUGCGGACAUACAUGUAAAGGGACUUGCUCAGAUUGUUUAGAAGGAGCUAUUCAUGUUGCCUGUCAUGAAAAGUGCAAAAGGCUUCUGCCAUGUGGACACGAAUGCUCAUAUUUCUGUGGGGUGCCUUGCCUGCCGUGUUCAGAGUCAUGCGUUGGUGAAUGUAGACAUGCGCACUGCGGUGGGGAGAAGAAACAUCCUCACUUGUGCAGCCUUCCCUGUCCGCCCUGCAAGAAAAAAUGUAGCUACAAAUGUUCUCAUAGGAAGUGUUCCAAGUUCUGUGGGGAAUUUUGUGACUUUGAAAUUUGCAACAAGAAAUGUUUGAGAAAAAUUAAUAAGAAAAAUAACCCGCAGGACAAAGAGAGUAAAACAUGUGGCCAUGUUUGCUCUGGUGUUUGUGGUGAACUUUGCGUGUGCGCUACUUGUGAAAAGAUCUGUCAGAUAAGACAGAAAAAUGGAGAAGCUAAAACUUUAACAGACAAUGGAUGUGUUAUGGAAAAUUUAGGAAAUGAAAAGGAAACUCAUCGACCAGUAUUGAAGAUUCCCUCAUGCUCACACAUAUUUUACAUAGAUGAGCUGGAUGAAUAUGUAAGAAAUUUUGAUCCCAACGGAACGCAGUACAUUUUGUGCCCAGAGUGUUCAAAACCAAUCAUGAAGUGCAUGCGGUAUGAAAAAAUGAACAAGAAAAGAUCUGAAAUGAGGGAUAAAGAAAAAGCGAGGCUCCUAGCCAGAAGUGAGUGUUCACAUAUUGAUCAAGCUAAACUAUCAGCUUCAGGGGCAAAAAUCAGACAAUAUUCUUUCCUUCAAGAUUUCCAUGAUGUAAAAGUGACAGGUAUAUCCAAGAGAGUAGAAGUCCAGGCAGUAUCUUUUAAACUGAAAUGUGCUUUUGUGCUCAAUGAGCUGCAUUCCUUGGAUAAUGGCAGUGCACUUGAACUCGAGAAGAUCAAAAAUGCCCUCCUCAAAAUUCAUACGAAUGUCUCGCAACAACAGAAAUGUGACUAUAAAAUGGAAUUGCUGCGACUGCUCAUGUGGACCUGUCUUGAGGAACUGCAUCUGCACGAAGAACUACCGAAACAGUUUCACAAAGUCACUAAUGAUUUAAGUCACCCCCGGACAGACUUAAGUAUGAUGGAAGAAGCUCAUCGUCUCAUUAUAUCUCCUGAAGAAAGUAUAAAUGGGUACCCGUAUUCAUAUACAGGUUCCUCUCUCAUAGAGGACAUGUACAAGCCC